GAUAAAAGAAACGGAUCUUGUGGUGAUUGCUUUCAAUAUUUCCAAGGCAAUACUUGCGACCAAUGCACAUCCGGACGUUACGGACCAUCAUGUAACUUACAUUGCUCAGAUAAAUGCAAAGGAGACACAUGCUCACGAAUUGAGGGAACAUGUACAGAAGGUUGUGUAGAUCGAUAUUCUGGUACCAAUUGCACGACACCUUGUGAAUCGACAUGCGCAUCAUGUCUACAAGAUAAUAAACUGUUAUGCCUAUCAUGUUUCGAUGGAUACUCUGGACCAAGAUGCCAAUGUCCUCCUCAUUGCAACUGUAACAGUGAAUCUGAUCAAUGUAUAUCAUGUACAGAGGGGUACGCUAAUCCUGACAAACAAUGUAAGUGUCAGUUACAAUAUUAUAGCGGGAACAGCUGCUAUGAAUGUAUUAACAAAACUUAUUAUGUUGAAAAUAAUAAGUGCUGUCAAUGUCCAAAGAAUUGCAAAGAUGAUAUUUGCACGAAUGGACCCGAGUGUAUUUCAGGUUGCAUUGAAGGUUUUUACGGUCUCGAUUGUUCUCAAAUGUGUUUGUCAUUCAAUGCCGACUGUUUUAGAUGCAAUCAGUCUGAUGGAAAAUGUCUCAUUUGUAACGAAGGCCUUUAUCUCCAUGAAAAUGGAAGCUGUGUUAGUUGCAAUAAGAACUGUAAAAACGAAAAAUGUAAUUCUACCACAUGUACUUUGGGCUGUACAAAAACAUAUUGGGGAGAUGAAUGUGACUUCCAUUGUGAUUCUAACUGUGAAUCAUGUCAGCAAAAAUCGGGUAUCUGUGAUUUAUGUACAAAUCAAACUAUGCACGGACCUUUUUGCAACGAAUCAUGUAGAUCGUCAUGCUUUGAAAACAUGUGCGAUAAAAGUAAUGGUCAUUGUUCUAAUGGUUGCUCAGGGGAUGUUUUCGGGACUAUGUGUGAUGUUAAAUGCCCUGCAAAUUGUGCGAAAAGUGACACAAAGUCGAGCUGUAAUCGCGGUGGAUACUGCAAAUAUGGCUGCCUUGAUGGCUACGAGGGGGAUGACUGCACAGAAGUAUCUGCUACGUCACCAAUAGGAGCUAUUACAGGAGUAGUUACUAUAGUAGUUCUAAUUGGCGUCGUUGUUGCAAUUUACUGCCUGCGUGGAAGAUUUGUUCGCUUGCUCUCCUCAUCUAAAACAAACGGAAACACAAAUACAUCGUUCGUACCUGACAUUACUGUUGAGAAGAAUAACGAUUCAAACGAACUUAUAGAGUGGAACAAUCGAAAUUUAACAGAGUCUCAACAACCAAGUGACCGGCAGCCAGCUAGCAAGUCUUCUUCUCUUAUUCAGCCAGCAACCUCACACGAAGCAGAUCUAGAAACCAAUAAAAAUGCCAUUCAAGACGAGGAAAGCACGCCCUAUGUACUUUACACGAACUCGGUUGCCCAGCAGAAGCCGAAAGUUGCUGUUGACGCCCUUGUCCAAUAUGUUGAUUCAUUAUCAAAAGAUGAUAAAAUUAUAAAAGCUAUGUUUGAGAAAUUUGCGCAAGGACUCAUUAAGCCGUAUGUUCACUCCCAAAGAAGUGAAAACUUGCCAAGGAACAGAUACAAGGGGAUUUAUCCAUAUGAUGACUGCAGAGUAAAGAUUCGAGAUGAAGAUUCGGAUUACAUCAAUGCAAGCUUUAUUGAUGCAAUGGUUUGCUUGAUUUAAGGAAUAAAACAAAAUGUUCAGGUUGAGAAAAUUGCAAAUAUGUACUGAAG